CUGGCUCGACUCUAAAUGCUGCUUUGCCUUCUAUGGAAACACCCAAUUCGCACACAGUUGCGGGACGUUCCUGCGAUUACUAGCCUACCUCUGAACGGGCACAGAAGGCUCAGACUGACUCUCCACGAGCAGAACCACCACCAGCAGCAGCAGCCCACCACGGAGAAGCCAAUUGGCAGAGCGUUUGCCUUGGUACAACCAACCUAUGAGAGGCAGCCACUGAAGACUGAUCUUAUCAAGCCGUCUGAGGACCAGGGUGAGGUCAUAAAGGUAUACCUUGAAGACCGCAAAGAAGCACAAGUCAGACACCAACAGAGUCUAAAGAUGCUCUCAGAGGAAGUUUCACAAAUACAGGAGGUGAGAUAUUGUCUAAAGAACCUCAGAGAGCAGAUGGCAGCUAAAAGUCACAGAACAGAACACAAGCUGGUGUUAUCUAGUACUGCUCCCAGAAAAGUUAAUGGCACUUAUUCAGUACUUACACAGAACGGCUUAGAGAGACAGGAUAGUGUGGAUGAGCAGGAAAAAGAGAAGAUGAGGGAGGCCAGUAAGCGUCUGUAUGCUCAACUCCAAGACUCUGAGAAAAAACACCAGGAGGAAAGAGAACAACUGCUGGCAGAGGCUCGUCAGUAUAAGAGGCAGUUAUCUGAGCAGAGUGAGUAUCUAAAGAAGAUUCAGCAAAGCAAGGAGCAGCAGGAUCUGCAGAUCGAAGACCUUCAACGUCUCAUGGGUGGCAUGGAGCAGGAGAGCUCCUCCCUCAGAGACCAACUCAUGACCAAAGAAGCCGAAGUCCUGCAGCUGCACGAACUGAGGGAGGAGGGCCAUGCAGGGAGGGAGAGGUUAGAAGAGCUGGAAAAGGAAAAUGCGAUUUUGAAAGAGAAGAUUCAUCACUUGGAUGACAUGCUCAAGAGUCAACAGAGAAAACUACGGCAAAUGAUUGAACAGCUUCAGAACUCACGCAUGGUGAUUCAAGAGAGAGACAGAGUGAUCAGAGAGCUGGAGGAGAAGGUGGCCAUGCUGGAGGCAGAGAACAAACAAAUGCACGAUCAGGUGGAUUACUACCUGGGGAGUCAAAGGUCAAAUUCAUACCUGCCAUCAGACACCAAUGCGCAGAUUGUCUACAGCAAGCCUCUGAGACCGUCCACCCAGACCAACAAGAGUCUGCCCUUCAUCAAAGUCAUUGAAAUUAAAUCAUGAACGUUACCACAGCAACAUCACAGCACUGCUGUGACAACCGUACCAUCCUCCAGUAUAAAUGCUGGAUAUUAGCAACACAAAUGACCACAGAUCUACACCAAAGGACACACCAUUGCUUUAAUGUCUAAAGGCCUUUUCUCCAAGUAUACUUCUAACAUUGCAGAAUAAUCAAUGUAGGUUUGACACAACCGGGACUGUUAUAGUGAAGAUAUCCAUUUUUAUGAAGACAAGUGACGAAAACAAAAAUGAUGAACUCAUUUUCAUUUUUUGUAAGAAGUGUGAAGGGCUUCUAGAUGGAUGCUGGGGAUAUUUUGGUAUUUAUUUGAGGCUGGCCCUCUGAAGAUGAUGUCUUUCACCCAAUAUUAAUGGUCAGACUGGUUUUGUUGCUAAACACCCUAGUUGAGCUCUCUUUAUAUCUCUCGUAAUCUCCCUCGGUAUUAGCUCGGCUAAACACUUGUGGAAUUAAGGGGUCUUUUUCUGAGUUAGACAAAUUAUAGAGACGAUAACAGAUGGGAAAACAUUUUUAUUUUAUUAUUUUAUUCAAAGGAAUAUGAAGUGAAGAAGGAUGAAGGAUUUUUGUAUCUUCAUUGUAUCUAUUUAUAUCUAAAUUAAAGGUAUAGCUGAGGAUUUUCUUUUUC